CUGAAAAUAAAAAGACUCCCUUCUUAGAGGUUCUUUAUUGGUCAGAGUUGAGAAUCUUGGCAGCUUCACAACGAUGGCGACGGGUUCUGAAGAAGCCAAGCUCGAGCUUUUUCUUCAGUGGCUGAAGGUGAACGGAGCGGAACUUCGGGGUUGUAAACUCAAAUACUGCAAUUCGAAAAAAGGGUUUGGGAUAUUUACAACUAAUGACGUCCCUGAUGGAAUUCUGCUGGUGGUUCCACUUGAUCUGGCGAUAACUCCUAUGAGAGUGCUACAAGAUCCUCUAAUAGGACCUGACUGUAGGUCAUUGUUUGAGGAAGGGGAAGUAGAUGACCGGUUAUUGAUAAUGUUGUUUCUAACCGUGGAACGUCUGCGAAAGAGCUCUUCAUGGAAGCCGUAUCUUGAUAUGCUUCCUACUGAAUUUGGAAAUCCACUUUGGUUUACUGAUGAUGAGUUUUCAGAGCUAAAGGGAACCACAUUGUAUCGGGCCACUGAGCUGCAGAAGAAAAACUUGAAGUCUCUUUUUGAUGGGAAGGUGAAGAAAUUGGUGGAAAAGCUUUUGGCACUUGAUGGCAGUUCAGAUAGAGAAGUGAGAUUUGAAGACUUCCUUUGGGCAAAUUCCAUAUUUUGGACCCGUGCACUGAAUAUUCCUUUUCCAAGUUCCUAUGUGUUUCCAAGAGCUGAACAAGAGCAAGACAGCACAACCAGCAUUGUUCCUGGUGAAUCUAGCAAUCAUGUUUCUACCGAACAAAUUGUCAGCAGAGAAAAUAAAAGAACUCUCCAGAUAAACAACUCUGUGAGACAAGUUUCUGGAGUUGAAUCCACUCUUCAAGAACGAGAGACUAUAUGGGUUGAGGGUCUUGUGCCAGGCAUUGAUUUUUGCAAUCAUGACUUAAAAGCUGCAGCAACAUGGGAAGUCGAUGGAACUGGAUCAACAACUGGAAUCCCUUUUUCUAUGUAUCUUCUUUCUGCUGGGAACGUUCUUCUCCAAGGUGAGAAAGAGAUAUCUAUCAGUUAUGGUAACAAGGGGAAUGAGGAACUUCUGUACCUUUAUGGAUUUGUCAUAAAGGACAACCCAGAUGACUAUCUUAUGAUCCAUUACCCGAUGGAAGCAAUUUCGGAUGUGCCCUUUUCAGAGACCAAAAUGCAGCUCCUUGAAGCACAGAAAGGCGAAUUGAGGUGUCUAUUGCCUAGAAAUUUGCUAAAAAGUGGUUUUUUCCCUGAAAGUACCUUGCCAGGAGGAACUAGCAACAAGGACAGUGGCAGUCAGGGAUUCAAUUAUAGUUGGAGUGGACAACGCAAGGCGCCCUCAUACAUUAAUAAACUUGUUUUCCCUGAAGAGUUCUUAACUGCCUUGAGAACAAUAACCAUGAAGGAAAAUGAGCUUUACCAGGUUUCUUCAUUACUUGAGGAGCUUGUUGGAUCUGGAGGAGAAAGACAACCAUCCGAAAGUGAAGUUCGCACAGCCAUAUGGGAGGCUUGUGGGGAUUCUGGAGCUUUUCAACUGCUUGUUGAUCUUCUUAACAUGAAGAUGAUGGAACUGGAAGAGGGUUCAGGGACAGAAGAGAGUGAUGCUGAAUUACUCAAGAAAGCCGAUAAAUGGGGAACUCCUGAUCAAAACGAGAGAUGUUUCACCAACUGCUCUCUUCACUGUUUGCCAAUGAGUAGAAACAAAUGGGCUAGCAUAGUAUACCGGCAGGGGCAGAAGGAACUGACUCGUCGUUUCAUAAAGGAGGCGGAGCAAGCAUUGCAAUUCGCAUUGAGCGAAGGGAACUAGAGGUUUUCCGGCUUGGGCACAGUUCUUGUGCUCUCAGCCUCUUCAAUCUUUUGGACAAAGAUGGAUUUGCUAUGGCUUAAGGGACUAAUGUACUUUUAGUAGAGCUUUUGUUCUAAUUUAUAGCAAACACAUAAAAUUGAUGUGGUGAAACAGAAACAUGCCAUGCCAGCACAAUUAAGUUAUAAAAGGUUAAUUGUCGUAUUA